CAAUUUCUGCUCUGCUCAAUUGCCGGGUACACACAAUUCGGCCAUCAAUCACGCCGAUGGGUACGGUGUGGAGGACCACGUGUUCGAGGGGUACUUGAAGUACUUCUCGUGGUUCAAGAAGGGCAUGAAGGUGCACACGAACGACCAACUCUUCUCUCUGACUGACCAAUUGCAUCUAGGUGUGAGGUUCAUUGAGCUGGACGUGCAUUGGUUUGAUGGUGAUCUGCAUAUUGCUCAUUGCGGGGGGUUCAAGUCCAAGCUGUUGGACGGGAUGAUCGAUAUUUUCAACGAAAUCGCGAAGAUGCUGGGGGCGGACAUCGAGUGGGACUCGGGGACAAUUGGGUGUAAGCCGAGUUUGAGUAGUAUUCCGUCCAAGGAGCAACGGCCGCUGACGGAGGCGUUGAAGGAGCUCUCGAUGUGGUUGCAUGCUCCGGAGAACGCGGAUGAGUUCUUGAUGGUGUUCUUUGAUGAUGAGACGGACCUCAUGAAGUGGAAGAAAGUGGGCAAGUUGUUGGAGUAUUUGAAGGAGUAUUUCCCCGAGAAGGAGAUUCUUCAUCCGAUUGAGCUGGCAUACCAUACCAAGUGGCCUACGUUCGAAGAACUGCUUCGUGUUGGCAAGCGCGUUGUGUUCAUGAGUGGCGUGGACUAUCUCACUUUCGGCGAAGAGAUCUUGUUCGUCAAAGAUACUGUUUGCAACUGGCAGGAGCCACCAUUACCGCUUGCUCCGUUCCCAGAAUGCCGGUUCAACGAAUCGAAGACGCAGAUCGGGGUCCCCGACGAGAACUUCACCAUAUUCCGCCCUGAAACCAGUGAAAUCGAGUACGGCUUCUUGAAUGCAGACGGCCAGAUUGGGAUCAACAAGAACUUGCUGAAUGAGGAGUCUCUUCCGGGUGUGGCAAACUGUGGUGUAAACUUACCGUCGCCGGAUAACAUCACCCCGAAGCGCAUGGAGGCCACAAUCUGGACUGUGUCAAAGGGGCAAGAGCUUGAUGCUAGCAAAUGUGUGGCGCUUAUGCGUGAGUCCAAGACUUGGAAGAGUUUGGACUGCAAAACGGCGAACUUGGUGCCAGCAUGCGUUGAUGCGAAGAACCCCCGCCACUGGCAGCUUGGAAAUGCACCGGUCGUCGAAGCCGACUCAGCAGCCGCCUGUGCAGCAAUAACCUCGACGACGGUUGAGUAUUCAGUGCCAGCGUCUGGAUAUGAGAAUGGUCUCGUGCACAAACUAUUGACAGAGUCUUCAUCAAGCUCUAUUGCUGGCGUGUGGCUGAACGCAAAAUCAUUCGUGUCGGAAGUGUACUCUGCAGAGCAGCACAAGGUUCUUGCCCCAGAAGUCAAGGCAACGCCAAUUGACGACAUUAUCUCGGUCGAGUGA